AUGCGGAUAGUUCAGGCGGCGGCGACGAAGAAUGAAGCAGCGUCUGUCUCGUCCACUGAGAUACCCUGCGCUCAAUACGACGAUGGUGAUGACGAGGAGACAGACCCCAAGUCGCUCGCCUCUCUUCUCGAGCGUAUCUUGCAAAAAGUCUCCCGGUUACCCGGCGCGCUAGAAAUGCUGUCGUCGGAUCCUCAGUUGUUGCAUGAUCUCCAAGAGCAUGAAUUUCUCAUCUACCCCACUCCAUCACACCCAACAUCUCCAAAUGCCACCGGUCCCCAUCGACGAUCGCUUUCAACGAGCCGCCAAUCUGACUCGGAUUCUCAAAUGUCAAACAAAGACGACGAUGACCUGACCGAGUCUGUGGAUUUGACGUCCGAACGUUUUGGAUCCGAGUAUGAGGCCGAACUAUUGGCCGUCGAGUCCCUUCAGCGAGGCAAGAGCAUGAACAUGGUUAUUCCCAAGGGAGGCUCGUCGUCCCUAGCACGUCAGCCGUCAACUUCGUCGUUGCUCAAAGGGACGGGUGGCGCAGGAUUUGCUGAAUCGACGUCGCCCAGUUACUCCAUGGGCAUGUUAAGUAUAUCGCCUGGUGCGUCUUCGCAGGAUGGAGAUCCUGUAUCGGCCGUAUGGCCGCGUCGGCCCAACGAAUUCGCGUUUUCGCAGCCGGACGAGACCAAGGACGACGAGUUGUACAACGAAGUGCUCUUCUCUGAGCUCGGCGAAGAUGACGACGAUGAUGAUGGCAAAGUGUUUGACAUGGACGACCUUCCUUCAAGCUCCCACGAGAAUGUGCAAGACCAGGACGAUGACGACGACGUCGAGUACGAGACAAUGCGUUUGCGGAUAAUCCGCGAGCGGCACCGCACCGGAUUCGAACCAAGCCAAGAGUUCGACCCAGAGCCUGGCUCCCUUAUCGGCGGCCUGUACACUGUCGAGGCAUUGCUAGGAGAAGCCGUCUUUAGCCGCACGUACAAAGCCACGAACUCAAGAACUCACGCGACGGUGUGCCUCAAGAUCAUUCGCAACUCGAAGGAGUACUUCGACCAGGGCAUCGAUGAAAUUCGCCUGUUGGAGACGUUAAAUGCGGCAGGGGAUGUCGACGAACAUCACGUUUUGCGCCUGUUGGAUUCGUUCUACUUCAAGGAGCAUUUGGUCCUCGUCACGGAGCUGCUCAAAGACAACUUGUACGAGUUUUCGCGGCAAGUGCGGCACCAACAAGCUUCGUACUUCACGAUGCCGCGCCUGAAAAAGAUUGCCGUCGAGUGCCUGGAAGCGCUCCACUUUUUGCAUGCAUUGAACAUCGUCCAUUGCGACCUCAAGCCGGAAAACAUUGUGAUGAAGAGCUACCAAAAGUGCCAAAUCAAGCUCAUCGAUUUUGGGUCGGCUUCGUAUGUCACGGACGAAUUGACGUACUACAUUCAAUCUCGUGCGUACCGUGCCCCUGAGGUCAUCUUGGGGCUCCAGUACGACGAACGCAUUGACCUGUGGUCGCUGGGGUGCAUCCUCGCGGAGCUGUACAGCGGCCGGGUCCUGUUUCAACACGACUCGAUCCCGACCCUGCUUGCAAGCAUAAUUUCCGUCGUCGGCAACAUUCCACCUACGAUGCUCGCGACGUCCCCCGACGCGAGCAAGUACUUCACUCCGGACCACUCGUUGUACACUACGGACCCCGAAACACUACAACCUCGCGUGGUCCUUCCAGCCCCGAUGUCGCUCUGGCACGCGCUCCAUUGCGCCGACGCUGACUUUAUCGGGUUUCUCCACGGCUUGCUGCAGAUCGAUCCAACGCGCCGGGCGACGGCGGCCGUGGCGCUCAAGCAUCCGUGGCUCGAGUCAAACGUGUACGGGAUUAGUGAUUUUAGUAGUAGUUAG